AUGGGCAAACGAUCGCACAAUGACGUUGAAAUGGACGAUUCGGCGAUUUCAGCAGCGGGAGAUCCUUCGGCUCCAACCACUGAAAAGGAUGAAUAUGCGGCUCUCUGCGCUUUAGUGAACCCGAUUGCCCAGCCACUUGCAAACCGAAAACUGGCCAAAAAGGUUUAUAAGCUGAUUAAAAAGUCCGCAGGAAGCAAUAAGACUCUUCGCGAGGGAAUUAAGGACGUUCAGAAGGAGUUGAGAAGAAAUGAGAAGGGAAUCUGCAUUUUGGCCGGAAACGUGUCUCCAAUUGACGUGUACUCUCACAUUCCAGCAAUCUGCGAGGAAAAGGAAAUCCCAUACGUCUACAUACCAUCUCGCGAGCAAUUGGGUCUUGCCGUCGGCCAUCGAAGACCAUCAAUUCUAAUCUACAUCAAACCAAGCGAUGACUACCAGGAGCUUUACGAUGAGGUUGCUGACACUCUUCUUCAUCUCACCGUCGACACCAAUUAA